AUGGCGGAGCCCGACCCCCCGCGUGAGGAGGCUGGGCCGGAGUUCGCUCGCGGCCUCUUCGAUUCGCUUGUACUCGGCACCCGGCUCGGCAACGAGCUCCCUACCGCCGAGCAGCGCGGCUACGCCGAAACCUUUCCGCCCUUCAACCAAGCGAUGGCUCUGUCGGGUGGGCAGCUAAGCGGGAUGAUCUCUGGCUUCAUGGGGCAGCAGGCGCAGCAGGCCGCCGCCGAGCGCUUCGGCCAGCUCGAGGACGCUUCCGACCGCUUCGAGUCAGUCGUCGGCCUCUCGGACCGGCUCCUCGAGCGGGUGGACUCGGACCUGGACGCGGCGCGAGGGCUGAAGAACCACGCGGUG